AUGGAAGAACAAACAAAACCCAUCCCAGCCUUCUAUGCCUGCUAUCUCCUCCGCUCUACCGUCCGCCAUGCCUCUCUAUAUAUCGGCUCCACGCCUGAUCCAUCCAGACGCCUAACCCAGCAUAAUGGAGCAGUCAAAGGAGGCGCAAAACGGACGGCGAGAGGGAACCUGAGGCCUUGGGAGAUGACUAUUUUGGUGGAGGGUUUUAUGAAUCGGAUUGGGGCGUUGCAGUUUGAAUGGGCAUGGCAACAUACAAAUUACUCGAGACAUGCGAGAUUAGAGCAGAUGACUGGGAAGAAAGUCAUGGCUGCGUCUUGUGUGACGACUAAUGCAGCGGCUGGCAAGGCAAAGCCUCAGCGUCGUCGGACUGGGCGAUCGAUGAAAGCUCAUUUGGAGGAUUUACAUGUCCUGUUACGGUCGACUUAUUUUUCCAGCUGGCCACUGAGGGUACGGUUCUUUUCAGCUGAUGUCUAUCGACAGUGGAAAGCCUGGAGUGACCGUGUAGAUGAUUCCCUUCCGAGCCAUAUCCAUAUUAUCUUGGACGGGGAUUGCGAUAUUCUGCAUACGCAGACAGACAAGGGUACAAAAGUUGGCAGCGUUCACGAUAUUCAGACAAGAUAUACGAAGAUUGAUGAGUAUCUGCAGAAAGCCGCUCUCUUACUGGAUUAUCCUACAGAUCUACGCUGCAGACUAUGCCAGAGACGGGUGAUUCCCAAGGAAGAGCUGGUGGUUGUCUGCCCGCAGACUGAUUGUCAUUGCAUAAGCCACAUGUCUUGUCUAUCUGCAAGUUUCCUAGCUGCGGCCGGCGAGCCAGACCGGUUCGUUCCAAUGCAUGGCACAUGUCCUACAUGCAAGACGACAAUCAAAUGGCCAGUGAUCAUGCAAGAGUUGACGCUUCGCCGUCGCGGUAACAAGGAACUACGUACUAUUUUAAGGAAGAAGAAGAGGAGCGAUAACCAAAGCAGGAAGACAGGUGUAAAAGCUGUUCCGGGUUCCGCUACAACGGACCGGGAAAGCUCUGAUGACUCGACCGGCGAUGAUGCCCUUGACGAGAAUUGGAUAGAGGAACCAGCCUCUGGAUCAGAGUCUGAUACAGAACUCCCCAACGCACGAUCAAAACCAGCUUCCCCGCGAUUGGAGAUAGUGAUCGAGGAUAGCGAGGACGAUUGA